GAGAGAUGUUCAUAUAUAAGAAGCUUAAGCUUCAAAGCAUUGCACUCAUUGUUCCUUUUUUUGUACAAGUUGUUUCAUGCUCUUCAUUGUGAUGAGCUUUCCGACAGUAUAAGCAAAAAUGUCAGCUGGGCAAGAUGGGGGUCUAAGCCGACCAAAGGCAGAAUGGACACCCACUCGGGAUGCAUACAUGGUUGAACUUCUCAUCGAGCAACACAAGAGUGGAAGAACAGCUUACAAUGAGUUCAAAAAUGAAGUGAUCAAGUCUGUCACAUGGGAUUUCAACAAAAAGUUUGGCUUGAACUUGGAAGAGAAUCAGAUAAAGAACCGCUAUAACGUUAUGAAGAAAGAUUAUGGUGUUGUCAAAACACUGCUUAGUCACAAGGAAUUUGCCUGGGAUGAAACCCGGCGCAUGGUUGUGGCUGAUGAUAAAGUAUGGGAGAAUUACAUCAUGGUAAGAUGUGAAGCAAGACCUUUCAGACGCAAGAGCUUCCCCCUAUAUAAUCAAAUGUCCAUCAUUUUUGAAGGUGAAAGAGGUAUUCCAAAAAGCCAAUUCCCCAAUGGAGCAAUGGUGAUAGCAGAGGAAGUAAAUAGUUACACCGAAACAGUUAGAUCUUCGAAGCCAUGUAACAUUCCAACACAAGUAAUGGAUGGUACCCUUGACUCUGAUUCAAUAAUCCGCAUCAAUAAGAAGCACAAAUAUAUGAAUCCAGCAGAGUCAAUUCAUAAGAAAAGAGCACAUCUCAAAAUUGGAGAAACAAUAGAGAAUGCAUUGUAUGAGGUUUUCACCGCAGCCAAGUCCAAUGCCAAGCAAAGAAAUGCAUCUAAAUCAACCUCAAUGUAUAAGAACUGCUUGGAUGAGUUGCAGAAAUUGGAGGAGUUGGAUGAUGACAAUGAGUUUGCUAAGGCUGUUAAUGCACUCAAGGAUGACAAAAAUGCUAUUGCUUUCAUGACAAUUAAAGGGCCUAGACGCUUGACCUGGUUAAGAUCUCUAUGGCACUGAGUAACAUAUGUACGCUGUUUUAACUUCUCAUAUUUAUGCAACCGGAUAUCAGAGAAACCUACGAAGUGCAUGUUUGUAAGUUUUUCUACAAUUGAUUCUAAAGUCAGAAUCAAUUCUGGGGAGAAGCUCAUAUUAACUUCAGAAUUAUAGAAUUGAUUCUAUUAGAAGAGGUCCAAACACUAUGACAUGUUUGCCUAUCCAUCCUAUGUAGACCUCUUUGGUGAUUUAAACACACAGAGUCCACCAUGCUUCUUCAAACCAUAUGUUGUUGAGAUUAUAUUUGCCUACA